ACUUUUUUCUUUCGCACAUUGUUUUCACUCAUGGAUAGAUUAACUCAGUUACAGGAUGCCAUUGAUGCAAUGGCGAGAAUGUUUACAAACAGUAUAUAUUACGUACACGAAAAGUCAGGCAUGGCCGAGUUGAAUAAAGACAUACCAGUGGCACAACCAAAAAUACAAGCGGAUGAACCUCACGUAUUUCAGGAAAAUAUGCGUGAGCUGGCAUCAGAUUUAGUCAAGAAAGCAAAAGAAAUUGAUGCAUUAAUAGAAGUUUUACCCGGCAUCGACCAAACUGAAGAUGAACAAAUUGAUCUUUUAAGGUCACUUGAACAAGAAAAUCAGAUUGCCAAUGAAGAAUAUGAAGCAGCCGUCAAAGAAAUGGGUAAGAAAAAGAUAUAUUAAUGCAAACUAUAAAAUGUUUAAAUUUUCUACAGAAUUUGUUAAGCAACAAAUUAGUUUGUCUUUACGAGUAUUAGCAGAACAAGCACUUUAAAAGACCGAUUUUUUUUUUUUUUUUUUUUUUUGAAAUAAAAAA